AUGCCCAGCACAACAAAAGACGAUGUCAUCAGCUACGACAUCAACGUCCCGUACAAGAUCACGGACGACACCCGGACCAAAGUCAAGUACCCCGAGUACAUGCCCAGCUGGGACAAGAUAUGGUUCGACCCCCUCCCACCCUUCGAAUUCCAGGAUCCCGCUCUCCGAGUAAAAGACACCUCUCUCCCCGAGCUCCACAAAGCCGGGCUUAAGAUCACCAACAUAACCCCAAAGCUCGGAAGCUACAUCUCAGGAAUCCAGCUAAACAAGCUCAACACCGUCGCAAAAGACGAACUAGCAUGGCUCGUGUCCGAGCGGAAAGUCCUCGCCUUUCACGACCAGGACCUCAUCGACGACGGACCAGCCGCGCAGCAAGCCUUCAUGAACCACUACGGCAAGCCGAACUACCAGCCGGUAUCAGGCAGCAUCAAGGGGCACCCCGGCUUCCACAUUAUCCAGCGAGACGGCAACCAAGCCGAGCUGACCAAAUUCCUGGACCAGAAAUCCACCACGACGCUCUGGCACCAGGACGUAAGCUACGAGAUCCAGCCCCCAGGAUACGUGAUGCUUGGAUUCCUAGAAGGCCCGGAUAUCGGGGGCGAUACGGUGUUCGCAGCGACGGAUGUUGCGUAUAAACGCCUCUCCCCCGCCCUCCAAACCCUCGUAACCAACCUCACCGCAACGCACACCUCGUCCAAAAUGAUCGCGCACACCCGACUAGCCGGGGGUCUCGUGCGCAAAGACGCGAUCUCCACCGUGCACCCACUGGUGCGCGUCCACCCCGUCACAAACGAAAAAUGUCUUUUCAUAAACGCGGAGUUCGUGUCGCGGAUUGACGGGCUGAAAGAGACAGAGCACAAGAUGUUGCUGGACUUCCUGAUGCAGCAUAUAGUGACCGGCCACGAUUACCAGGCGCGCGUUAGCUGGGCCCCGCGGUCGGUGGUGGUUUUUGAUAAUCGGUCGACUUGUCAUACGGCUGUGGUGGACUAUGUGGAUGAUGGAGAGAGCUCUAAGGUGAGGCAUCUGUUCCGACUUGCGGCCAUGGCGGAGAAGCCUAUCCCAGUUUCUUCGUAA